UUACACACAAGUACCCUAUAUCGUAGUUAUAUAUUAUUAUUCCGUUUUUAAUUUUUGUAAAAUUGUGAACUAAAUUGAAAUGAAAAAUAAAUUCGUUUUCAAUGAGGGCAAUCAAAUCAAUCAGAUAAUAUGCGCUAUUUUUAUCAACAUUCCGGCGAUUUCAUACGGCACUACCAUUGGUUGGAUGUCGCCAAAUACGCUACUGUUACAAUCAAAGGAUUCGCCCACUGAAGUUCCUCUCACAGAUAUUGAGAUAUCAUGGAUGGCGUCUCUUCCUUAUUUAUUAUGUGUCCCAGCAAACUAUUUGGUGGCGUACAUCGGCGAUAGAUAUGGAAGAAAAUUAUCCAUCAUUUUUAUGUCUACGAUGUGCGCGGCGUGUUGGAUUCUCAAACUCUCCUCAUACAACAUCUGGGCGUUCCUAGUAGCUCGAUGUUUUGCGGGUAUCGCAAUGGCCGCUAGUUGCGUCAACUGUCCAGUUUACACGAAGGAAGUUUGUGAUAGUAACAUCAGAGGCGCUCUGGGAUGCAUGUUGGCGUUAUUCUUCACGACAGGUAGUCUGUUUGCGUACAUCAUCGGAGAUAUUUUCAGCUACCGCACAGUUCUCUGGAUAUGUUUGUCUUUGCCUCUGUUCCAUUUGAUCACAUUCACAUUGAUGCCCGAAUCACCAUCGUAUUUGGUGAAAAUUGGUAAAGAAGAGGAGGCAGCCAAAGCAUUAUCUUGGUUAAGACGAAGAGGCAAAAAUCACUACACAAUUCAAAACGAACUUGAAUCUAUAAAGAAAGAACAGAAGAACGACAUCGACGGAGACAAAUUCCUAUUAAAAGCAAUUCUGAAGGAUAAGAUCUUAUUCAAGGCGUUUCAAAUAGCGUUAAUGGCAGCAUUGGCUAGAGAAGUAUGUGGCGCUGUCCCCGUUUUGAACUUUGCUGGUGGGAUAUUCUCUAUGGCAUCAGAGGGCACUGGCUUGAUACUGUCGCCUAAUCAACAGGCGAUGAUGCUGGGCGUCGUUCAGUUGACGGGUUCGUUACUUGCUUCAAGUGUCGUCGAAAAAGUUGGACGGAAGGUCUUAAUGGCUGGCACUUGCCUGAUCUCUGGUCUGAGUAUGUUCGGCUUGGCGUCCUGGUUCCUAGCCAGAGACUAUUCCUACUUCGCACCCGCCUGGAUCCCGGUCUUCACUCUGUGCUUGUGCAUAUUAUGUGAUGCAUCCGGGCUUCAACCUAUUUCCGUAGUCAUUACUGGAGAGAUAUUUUCAUUCAAGUAUCGAGGAUCAGUCUUAGCUACAACAAUGGCAAUAGCAUCUUUAGCAGACUUCCUUCAGUUAUUAUACUUCAAACCAAUGGCAAGCUCUAUUGGUGUACACUAUGCAUUUUAUUUCUUCAGUUUUAUGUGCAUCAGUAGUGCAUUGUACACCAUCAUCGUCGUACCAGAAACUAAGGGACGAGAUCUUGAAGCUAUCUACGACGACUUGAGGGGGAAGAAGAGAAAAGAGAAGAAUAAAGACAUUGCUACAAUAAGUAAUGGAGUUUGAACUCAGAAUAAUUAUUUAUAUAGCGAUAUUUAAGUAAAAAUAAAAGAAUCUGUCAUCACAAUAAUCACAUUUCUUACAUUUAGUAGUUAUUAGCCACACGUAGAAGUUUUGUCAAUGGCUCCCACUCCUAACACCGCCUUCGUCUGCUCAGUACCGUCAGUUAACGCGUGACAUCAUGAGGCCAUCGACUAAGCUCCUGUUUACUAGUAUAGCAAAGUAAUUGUAGAAAACAUUUGCUCAAAGAGUUUAAUAUUUUUCAGGGUUAAAUGUCAAUAGUAUGUAAGCAACAUGUCACUUUC